AGUGAACUGAUGUCAAGUGAGUGUUCCACAAUCUCAUUAUAUGUUCAGAGUAUCUGAGAGUUGUGCGAAGGAUUGCAUUGUUGGAUAUGUAUCGUUAGUCUUUUUUUUUUUUAUCGUUAUUAAUAUUUAUCGUUAUCGCUCAACAAAAUGUUUGCUGGCAGAGACGGUUCCGAGAAGCUACAGCACUCUUCAGCUUUACACCCACUGUCAAGUAAAGCCUGGUCACUCAAGCCGGAGAACAAUGUGGAGGACAGGAACUGUGGAGUUAUGGAAGGAUAUCUGUUCAAGCAAGCAAGUAAUACUUUCAGAAUCUGGAACAGACGCUGGUUCAAAGUUGAGGACAAUAAGCUGAUGUACCAGGGUUUCAAGAAUGGGCCCACUGUAAUGAUGAAUGAUCUGAGGCUGUGUGAAGUUAAGAACUUCAACAACACCGGCUGCCACUUCUGCUUUGAAGUGACUUCAUCCACAAAGAGCUGUGUGCUGAAGGCUGAUUCAGAGAUGACGAAACAGAUUUGGAUGAGAGCUAUUCAGAACAGGGAAACGUCUUGGACAGACAGCUCACAUGACUCUGAGUUGAAGGAUCCAGUUCGAAAGAUGGUCAAGAAGCAUAAGGUGAUGAAUGUCCAGGCAAAAAUGAGAGAAGUUGCACUGAGAUUGGAAAUGGCAGAGAACCCAGGAGCGAAGGAGCAGCAGGAGGAUGAGGAUCAUAAAAUGAAUGUUCUGCAAAACAGGAGACCAAUCAGCUCAAAUAUCCUCACGGCUGAAGAGUUGGACCGGGUCUGUCCCGGACGGCAAAUUGGGAUUUCCAUCGUCACAUGGAAUAUGGCUGGACAGAAGGAGCUUCCAGACAAUCUUAAUGAUCUGUUUCCUCCAACGACCGCUGAUUUUUCACAAGACAUGUACGUCAUUGGGGUGCAAGAAGGAUGUCCUAAUAGGGAAGAAUGGCAAUGCAAACUGCAGGAAACCCUCGGCCAGCGUUAUGUCAUGCUCCAUGCAGCAUCGCUUGGAGUUCUCUCUCUCACCAUCUUCACACGUACCGACCUCGCACAUUACUUUUCCCGUGAGUCUUUCACCUUGUAUCAUUGUGGUUUUCCUGCUAUAUGGUACAUAUUAAUGAUGUUGACUGUUCUGGAUUUUUCUUUUUUAUUAUUUGUUUUUGCAGAAGUGAAAGAUGCCACGGUCACCACUCGAUUUUUCCCCCGGAUUAAGACCAAAGGAUCAGUGGGUGUUGGCUUUACCUUCUGUGGGAUGUCCUUCCUCUUUAUCACAUCUCAUUUUAAUUUUUCACCUGGAGUUUCCAAAGUGUCCCAGAGAAUACAGGACUACAAAAAGAUGAUAACAGGUCUGGCCCUUCCCCAGCAUUCUAAUGGCACCAAGCCUGACCCUAACUUGGAUGUAACCACCCAGUAUGACGUAGUCUUCUGCUUUGGCGACUUUAACUUCCGCCUGACUGAAGACCGUGAAAGCGUCAUGGCCACUUUGUAUCAUCACACUGGGGACAACAUGGACGUCCUCCUCCAGCAUGACCAGCUCAGCAAAGAAAUGGAUAAAGGUUCAGUCUUUAGAGGGUUUCGUGAGGCCCCAAUCCACUUCACUCCCACCUAUAAAUUUAACAUGGGCUGCGAUGUUUAUGACACCUCUUCAAAGCACCGAACUCCAUCAUAUACAGAUCGGAUCCUUUACAGGAGCAAAAAAAAAAAGGAUAUCAAAGUGAUCCAAUAUGAUUCUUGCCCAACUAUCAAGACCUCAGAUCACCGGCCUGUCAUGGGCACAUUCCAGGUCAAAGUUCAGCCUGGUACAGGUUGGUAUGGAGUCCAUCACUGCCCUCUGUUUUGAAAGCACUGUGUACUGUGUACCAUGAAGCAACGACGAACCAGACGACAAAGCAAAAGAAGUUAGAGUAAGAAUCCCGGACGUGUCACUUAAUCCGAACAACAAAAAGAAGGACAAUGUGGAGGUCUGACACAGAUGAGAACCAGGUCUGAGGGAACUCAGUACUUCAAUUCAGAAAGGCUGCUACAUACGACCACGCCAGAGAUUUUGAGGAAUACAUAGGAUCUGUUAGUUACAUUAGCAAGUGUAUAAAUGUUUUUAAUCACCACACGUGCAAGCCAGUAGCCAUGGACUGAUGACCGCACUGGAGAGUGCGCUACCGAAAACCUGAGACACUGCUUUCGGAUCGGACGACAGGGUAGCCCUUGCUGUUCCAAUACUUUCAGAGGGGACUAUAUAAAGAGACUUUUCAUAAAGAUUUUUGUGUGAGGAUUUUAAACAAAAAAACUUUUGUUCUAA